AUGGAUUAUAUCACGGUUACCAGAAGAGUAGAUCUUGUGCAUGCUCUAAAGACCGGGCCCACGUCUAAAAGGAAACGUGUCAUAAACAUUACAUAUAAACGUCAUCAGGAGAUGGAUGGAGGUGCAGAGACAACCCCCGAGCAUGCCAAACACUUGCAAGAUACAAAAAAAAACCUUCUCCGAGCGCCCAUCAACGGGCCAGACGCUCUCAGAAAAAUGAUUAUCGCCUUGAAUAUUAUAAAUCGCGAAGACGAAACUCGUUUACCGGGCGGCCGUUCUGCUUCGAGUUCUAAAAAAAUCGGAGAGCUAAAGGAUAACUCUGACAAGCAUGCGCAUACGCCUAGCCUGGAAAGGCCUGUGGCUGCCUACUUCGUAGCGCAGGACAUGAUCUGGAAAACCCACAUCGAGAAGGAAGUGGAGACCGCCAAGAGGUGGCCGGAGAAUUGGGGAUUCCUGACCACACCUUUCACGGAGGUGGACAAUGAAGAGAAAGAACAUAAUCAGAAAUUGCCAUUAGACAUUCCAGAACAUCUGCGGGUCCGGCCCGCCACCCCCGUGGAAGAGUACAUCAAAGUCGGCCCGUCGCCGGCGGUACCACAGACUACGCAAGGCUUAAUCGGCUGGCGAUCCACAGUCCCGUCCCUGCAGCUGGAACGUUACGGCAAAUCCAAACAUCUGAAAGGGGAUUUCUGCAAGAGAAUGAAAUGGCCGGUCGAAGGAAUAGCGUAGCGUCCAAACUACAAGCCCGGCCGCCGCCGUCCCCAGACAGACUUAAUAAAGUUUGAGAAGUGAAAAUGCAAAUUUCUUCCAAUCUCUCGCUCGCUCUGAAAUCAGAAAAAAAAACAAAAAGGAACAUCUGUAAAUGUGACGAAUCUGCAUAGCGAGCGCAAAAACAGCGAACCGUAAAAGCCGAUUUCUUCGCCGCGACGCCUGCAGCUCCGUACCUCUCCUAUUUACAUUAUCGCAUUAAAGGUUAGGAAAAGCCGAGCUGUGAUUGAAGUGGAGCUCCAGGCGGAGAGUUUAACACUUCUCUCCGACAAGUCAAAACAUUCGGAAAAUGACUAUUCCAGGAAAUAA